AUGCGUGUUCCAUAUUAUUUGACUUCUGAGAGGACGACAAUUUUUUUUCAAAAUCUAUAUGAAUAUUAUGAGAGUGGUGAAUAUUGUGAUUUAACAAUAACUGUAGCAAAACAAUCAUUUCCUUGUCAUCGUAUUGUAUUGGCCAGUUCAAGUCAAUAUUUUUCAGCAUUAUUAUCUCAUUCAUUUAAAGAAAAUUCUCAAGAAAAAAUUGAAUUAAAAAAUAUUGCUAGUGAUACAUUUCAAAUGAUAUUAAAUUUUAUUUAUAGUGGUACAAUAACUUUAGAGGAAAAUAAUGUUCAACAAUUAUUAGUAGCUAGUGAUAUGUUUCAUCUUGUCGAUCUCAUACAAUUUUGUUGUCAUUUUUUAUCAAUGUCAAUAAAUAUACAAAAUGUUAUUGAUGUUUGGAUAUUAGCAGAUGAAUAUAAUUUUUCAACAUUAAAACAAGAAACAGAGUAUUAUAUGUUAAAACAUUUUAAUAAUGUUAUUGGACAAGAAAAUUUUCGUACAAUACCAAAACAUUUAUUACAGAAUCUUGUUAGUAAUGAUGAUUUAACUGUACAAUGUGAAAAUGAUGUAUUAGAAGCAAUUUUAAAAUGGUGUUUAGCCGGUGAUUAUGAAAGAUUAAACGAUUUAUAUGAAUUAUUUGAUAAUGUGAGAUUUACUUAUUUAUCAAAUGAAUAUGUACAAAAAACAAUUGAAAGUGUAUUAAAUUCAAUGUCAGAGAUAGAUAAAUUACAUUUUAUUAAAUAUAUAAAUGAUUAUGUAAAGUCUUUCCACAAUGGAUCUUUGUUAUUGAACGAAUCAACGACAUUAGAUUUUACUGAAAUUAACAAUGAAACAGCAAAUCAACAAGUCAAUGUGUCAACGAAAGAUAUUUCUAUUGAUUAUGUACAUACACAGUUAACAUCAUUAAUUCAAAGGCUAAUUGACCAUAAAGUAAAAGAACUAUUUCCAUCUGAUUUAAAUAAUAAUUUUAUGCUUAAUAAUACCACACUUCCAAGACGAGGUAUUCGACGUUCUUUAUUAAUGUUUGGUGGCUAUGGAACGAUUGAUUUUCAUCCUGACAAUAAUCCAUCUUUGUUUGAUAUUGGAUUCAAAAUACGAUUAAAUAACGAAAUGACAACAUUAGAAUUUGAUAGUAUUGAUUCAAUGAAAGAUGCAAGAAUGCAUCAUCAAACUGUUGUAUUAAAUGAUUUAGUUUAUGUCGUUGGUGGUGAAGAUGGUGAUUGUAUGAUAUACAAUUCGAUGGAACAUUAUAAUAUAAUUGAAAAACGAUGGUAUCAAUCACCAUCGAUGUUAGAACCAAGAUGUAAUUUUGGUUUAUGUGUCAUUUUUAAUCGUUUUCUAUACGCUAUAGGAGGGCAAAUUGGUGCUGAUAUUAAUUCUACGAUUGAAAUUUAUGAUUCAUCUACAUCUCAAUGGACAAAAUCGACAUGUUCAUUAACAUCUGCUCGCUAUGCAUUUGCAUGUACAGAAUUGAAUGGUUUAAUUUAUUGUUUUGGAGGAUCUGAUUUAUUUGAUAUUCCAUUAAAAACCACAGAAAUAAUAAAUCCAACGACAAAUCGUACACAUUUAUGUACAGAAAUGAAUGAAGGACGAGCAUAUUGUACUUGUUGUGUGUUUAAUGAGGAAAUUUAUGUAUUUGGAGGUAUCAACGACAAUCGAGAUGGUUUAAGAUCAGUCGAAGUUUAUAAACAUUGGGAAGAUAAAUGGUAUACUGUUCCGUCAAUGUAUUAUCCACGUGUGAGUCCAUGUGUGGCUUGUCUUGGUCAAUAUUUAUUUGUAUUUGGUGGACGAACCGGUAUAUCUUCAAAUAGUACAAUAUUGAAAUCUGUUGAAUGCUAUGAUACAGAACGAAAAUUAUGGACAAGAAUUAAUGAUUUACCCAUCAAUGUUUUUGGCGCUUCAGCUGCUGUUUGUUAA